UUCAAUAUAAUUUCCAUGGCAGAUAUUAUAGAAUUAUUGGCACUAUAAACCACCCUUCGGAAUCCAAAGAGGCAAAGACCAGAGCAGAACGCCUUACGCCCGCCGGAGCUCUCCUCUCUCACCUUUCCCAUCCAACAAGAUAUAAGGUAUCCCUUUGUUUCCUAGCCGAAAGAAAUUAAGAGAAGGAAUGGGGGUUGAGUUGCAGAGCCCCGGAGAGCCUGUGAGCGAGCUCCGCGAGAGCUUCAGGUCAGGGAAGACGAGGAGCUACAAAUGGAGAAAGACGCAGUUGAAGGGCAUUCUCCGUAUGAUUGUCGAGAAGGAGACGGAGAUCACGGACGCUCUCUACGUCGACCUUUCCAAGCCGAAGCUCGAGUCUUUUAUCCAUGAGAUUACAUUGGCAAAGCAUUCCUGCGAGUUGACUCUAAAAGAAUUGGAGCAUUGGAUGAAACCAGAGAAGGUCUCAAGUAUACUCACAGCAUUCCCUUCAUCAUCCAAGAUUGUAUCGGAGCCUCUUGGUGUUGUGUUGAUCAUUUCAGCUUGGAACUUUCCCUUUUUGUUAGGUAUAGAUCCUGUUAUUGGAGCUAUUGCAGCAGGUAAUGCUGUCGUUCUCAAGCCAUCAGAAAGUUCGCCAGCUACAUCAUCAUUAUUUGCCAGAAUUUUGCCAAGCUAUGUUGAUAGCUCCUGUAUCAAAAUUGUUGAAGGGUCUAUUUCUGAGACAACACGCCUUCUUGAGCAGAAAUGGGAUAAAAUACUUUAUACAGGAAACGCAAUUGUAGCUCGCAUUAUCUUGGCUGCUGCUGCAAAGCACUUAACGCCAGUUGUCUUGGAACUUGGUGGAAAAUGUCCUGUUGUUGUGGAUUCUGAUAUUGACUUAAAAGCUGCAGCAAGAAGGAUUGUUGUUGGCAAGUGGGGAACCAAUAAUGGACAAGCUUGUAUUGCACCAGAUUAUAUUAUAACCACUAAAUCUUUUAGUCCAAAACUGGUAGAUGCUCUAAAAACUACUUUGGAGAAAUUUUAUGGGAAGGAACCAAUGAAAUCAGAAGAUCUAUCCCGUGUUGUGAAUUCCAAUCAUUUUUCACGCUUGACAAGGCUACUAGCUGAUGAGAAAGUUUCAGGCAAAGUCAUUCAUGGAGGAGAGAGGGAUGAGAAGCAAUUAAAAAUUGCUCCCACUCUCUUACUAGACAUUCCAGAUGAUUCCUUAAUGAUGCAGGAAGAGAUCUUUGGCCCUCUGCUUCCUAUUAUAACGGUUGACAAUUUAGAAGAGAGCUUUGAUUUGAUAAACUCCAAGCCGAAGCCUCUUGCUGCUUAUCUCUUCACAACGAGCAAGAAACUCAAGGAAAAAUUCCUGAAUUCUGUAUCUGCUGGAGGGAUGCUCAUCAAUGAUACAACCCUUCAUUUUACAAAUACUAAUUUGCCUUUCGGCGGUGUGGGAGAAAGUGGAAUGGGAUCAUACCAUGGAAAAUUCUCGUUUGAUGCAUUUACUCAUAAGAAAGGUGUUCUACAUAGAAGCUUUGUCGGCGAAGUUUCUGCAAGAUAUCCUCCAUAUACACCCAGAAAACAGAAGUUCCUUAAGGCUGUUCUCAAUGGUGACAUUACAGACUUGGUUCUUUCUGUGUUUGGAUGUUUAAAAUCCUAAUUGCUUGCGUUAUUUCUCUCUCUAAUCUUCUCCAACAUAUGAAUUUGAAGCAUAUCGAUAUUGUGACAAAUGAUUGACAUAAUACCUCAGAAUUGUGGGAAGAUUGUACCUUCCAAUGUUUAGUGUUUUCUAUAUUUCGUUGUGUUGCUUAGUUCCGGAAA